AUGGCGGAAAACCAAGCUGCGUGGCUCACUGAAGCAGAAGCUUACCCCUUUGCUGUCAAUGACGCACCCAAGCCCAUCCCCGGCCCUGGGGAAAUUGUCAUCAAGAAUGCAGCUGUGGCUAUAAACCCCGUUGACUGGAAAAUUCAGUUUGUGUACCUCCCACAACUAUUCCAAAAAAAUACUAAUUUAUACAGGACCCAUGGUCGCUAUUUGAAUACGUAUCCAUUCAUUUUGGGCGAAGAUGUAGCUGGUGUUGUGGAGGCUGUUGGCUCUGGAGUAACGCGCUUCAUUAAAGGCCAGAGAGUGAUUGCGCACUGCCAUGGCCUUGUGACACGCAACCCUGCCAACUCGAGUUUCCAGUUGUACCCCGUGGUGACAGAAGCUCUCGCUGCACCAAUUCCGGAUAGCUUGAGUUUUGAGCAGGCCGUCGUUCUACCUCUCGCGAUAUCCACCGCAAGCGCAGGACUAUUUCAAAAGGAGUAUCUCAAUCUCCCUCUACCUUCUUCCAGUAAGACGGAACCUACUGGUCAGACAAUUCUGAUUUGGGGCGGUGCCUCAUCAGUUGGAGCAACGGCCAUUCAACUUGCAGCUGCUUCUGGCUUAACUGUUGUGACAACUGCUUCCGAGGCGAAUCACGAAUUUGUGAAGUCUCUCGGCGCUGAUCUAGUCUUUGACUACCGGUCUCCCACCGUUGUCCAGGAUAUUGCCAAUGCAAUUGAGGGUUCUGAAUUCGUGGGAAUUUAUGAUGCAAUUUCUGAGGAUAACAGCUUUGCACCAUUGGCUGCUCUCGUGGAAAAGCUGAACAUCUCUGUGCCAGUGGCCAGUGUUUUACCAUAUGACAAGCCCACAGAAACCUUUGCUCCUAAAUUUGGUAAGAUCUUAUCAGCACCGAGAUUUCUAUUUGUGGCGAUACUAAUGCUUUCGCGUAUAGUUCUCGCAUAUUCUAUCAUCCAGGAGCCAAACCAGCAUGUUGGCGAGUGGAUUUGGGGCAAAUUUGUUCCUGAAGCCCUAGCAAAUGGAAAAUUGCAAGCUAAGCCAGAUGCUUUAGUUGUAGGCACUGGCCUCGGUUAUAUUCAGAAUGCCCUUGAUAUUCAGAAGAAGGGUGUUUCCGCUAAGAAGGUUGUGGUUUCUAUUUAA